GCAAACGAUAAAUAUUGUCCAGUGUAUUACAAUAGACACAAUUUUUGCAUACCAGUUGAAUUCAAUUUUUUUUUUGUUUUCAUUCGAUAAUCCAAGAUUAUCAAUUUUGGAAUUUAUUAUCAUCUAAAAACGAAAAUCAUCCAAAAAAAACAUGUCCGAUUGUCUUGAGAAUAAAGAAUCUACUAAAUGGCGUAAUUUCAUUGAUCGAUUCAUUUUUCAUUGUGAAAAAUGUGACGAAUCAAUUGAUACGAAUGAUGGCAAUUCAUCAUCAUUAUCAAAACAUUUGAUCCGUUUAGCCGUUUGUAAUGGUUAUCCGAUGGAAUUAUUUUUUUAUUGUUUUGUUGGUAAAACAUUCAAUAAAAAAAGUUUCCCAAUCAAUUAUCAGCAUUGUACUUUUAUGGCUUCAUCUUCUUUAUCAAGAAUUGUUUAUGGAAAUUAUGAGCCAUUAAUCUAUUGGGACAUGGAUGAUGCUAAUAUUCGUCAACGUUUGCCACAAACAUUGCCUGAAAUGGUGAACAUAACCGAACGUCUUUUGAAAUGUCCACGAUCAUUAUGGAGCUGUCCCGAUGAAUCAAAGGCCAUUUUUAGAUCAAAUUGCAAAUAUUAUCUUGAUUCAAUUGAUCUAGAAUGUUUAUGCAUUUGUGAAUCAAACACAGAAUCUUGUCGAUUCCAAUUGGUUACUGCAACAAAUUCAAAUUCGGAAUCAGAAAAAUCGCAAUCGUUUAUAAAACGAAAAACUUCAAAAGUUCCUUGUGUUCCAGAAAUAUCUGCACAAACAAACUCAACAAAACUGCCUAUUAUCAAACCAAGCCUGCCAAAAUUAUUGAAAAGUCGAACAAUUCCAUAUGAUCCAAAAAAUUAUGCACAAUUAAUUGGAUCAAAACGACCACAAUCAUUGUUGAAUCGAACAAAUGUAGCUGAAAAUGAUAAGAAAAAUCUUCAUACAGCAUCUUCUACAUCAGUGUGUAAUGAUAUGAAACGAGAUCAAAAAACUAUGAACCAAGAUUCGUCAAAUGAAUCAAAACCAUCAUCAUCUCGUAUUGGAAAAAAAUCAAUUAAACGUAGCCGAAAAAUGAAUGAAGACCAAAAAUUGAAAGAUUCAUUAGUUGAUAGUCUAAUGAAAAUUUUUCAUCAUUGUCGUUCAGAUAUGACCAUCUUACAAACAGCAAUGGAUCAAGUAUUUUCUACAUUUUGUAAUGAUCCUUCCAAAUUACGACGAUUAAUUCCAACUACUACACAAAUCGAUUCUAAUAAUUCGAUGGCCAAUGAAAUAAUAAUUAGUACAUCCGAUGGACAACAACAACAACAACAACAACAACAAUCCAAUACAAAUCGAUCGAUUAACAGUUAGAGUUAGACUUACCAUAACUUUUCCCAGACAAAAACCCGGACAAUCCAUUGAUCAGUGUUUGUCAAUCAUGAUUUUUUUAAAUUAAAUAUAUUUCACACAAUUUUUAAUGCUAUAUUGAAUAAUUUAGUUCGAUAAAAUAAUUGUAGGUGGUGGUGUUAAAUAACUUUGUGCUUCAUUAUGUAAUGCAUCCUCAAAUUUCAAAAACAAAGACAUACACACAAACACACACACAUACAUUACAACACAUACAUCUAUGUUAUGCUUUCCCGCCGACACCGGUCAAUAGAAAAAAUAAAAAUACGUUG